AUUCAGGGUUCGGCAUUCCACGCAUCGCGGAGGCAAAAGUACGGUAACGUCUUUAAGACCCACCUGUUGGGACGCCCCCUGAUCCGGGUCACCGGUGCGGAAAACGUCCGGAAGGUUCUAAUGGGAGAGCAUACGUUGGUCAGCGUGGACUGGCCUCAGAGCACCUCAACCCUACUAGGACCCAACUCACUGGCUAACUCUAUAGGAGAUAUACACCGCAAGAGGCGAAAGGUCUUUUCCAAGGUGUUCAGUCAUGAGGCGCUACAGUCCUACCUCCCUAAGAUCCAGCAGGUGAUCCAGGAGUCACUGAGGCUGUGGAGCUCCAACCCAGACCCCAUCAACGUCUACAGGGAAUCCCAGAGGCUGUCGUUCCACAUGGCAGUGAGGGUGCUGCUGGGGUUUAGAGUAGCAGACGAGGAGAUGAGACAUCUGUUCAACACCUUCCAGGAGUUCAUAGACAACAUCUUCACCUUACCCAUAGACCUGCCGUUCAGUGGGUACAGGAAGGGUAUCCGUGCCAGGGACACACUCCAGAAAGGAAUAGAAAAAGCCAUCAGGGAGAAACCCCUCUCUUCCCAGGGGAAGGAUUAUAGCGACGCACUUGAUAUCUUGCUGGAGAGCGCAAAAGAGAACGGCACUGAACUCACAAUGCAGGAACUCAAGGAGGCGACCAUUGAGCUGAUCUUUGCUGCGUUUGCCACCACGGCCAGCGCCUCCACGUCUCUCAUCAUGCAGCUGCUUCGCCACCCUGCCGUGUUGGAGAAGUUACGAGAGGAGCUCCGGACCCGGGGGAUCCUCCACAACGGCUGUCUGUGCGAAGGGGAGCUGGGCCUGGAUACCAUCGUUAGUCUGAAGUAUCUGGACUGUGUGAUCAAGGAGGUGCUGAGGCUCUUCACGCCCGUGUCUGGGGGGUAUAGGACGGCCCUGCAGACCUUUGAACUAGAUGGGGUACAGAUCCCGAAGGGUUGGAGUGUGAUGUACAGCAUCAGAGACACCCACGACACCUCCUCCGUCUUCAAGGAUGUAGACGCCUUCGACCCCGACCGCUUCUCCCAGGAACGCAGCGAAGACAAGGAGGGACGCUUCCACUACCUUCCGUUCGGCGGCGGCGUCCGCUCCUGUCUCGGGAAACAGCUCGCCACUCUCUUCCUCCGUAUACUGGCCAUCGAGCUGGCCAGCACCAGCCGGUUUGAGCUGGCGACCCGGGACUUUCCCAGAGUGGUGACGGUGCCGGUCGUUCAUCCGGUGGACGGGUUAAAGGUGAAGUUCUACGGUCUGGAUUCUAACCAGAACGAGAUUCCGUCCGAUCUCCUAGCCGACAUCAAGACGGAAGAGCUGCUGGGAGCCGCGGUGUAGAUCGUUGAUUUGGAUUGGACGAAGCAAGGAGGAAGGGAGGGAUGGAUAGAGGGAGGAGAAAUGAGAGAGAGGAGGAGGAGGAUGGAUGGAGGACAUGGCAGAGAGAAUAAAAGGAGAAUGGGAGGUCAGGAGUGGUCUAGCAUCCUUUUGUUUUCAUUUUGCUGAUGUCUUGGAAUGUUGGAGGUCUCCUUUGAACUCUAAAAAGGAACAUUCUGAAUUCCGAUUCCUUCUCUUUGUCGUGUUAUUGUUAGUCAUUGGAACUUUCUGGGAGACAAAGAAGAAGAACAGAGGCUGCCAAAAAAAAUCUCUAUUCCGUUUGUUUUCCAAGAAAUAUACAAAACUAUGUAUAAAAUGAAAAGUAAUGUAAUAUAAAGAAUGAAUAAAAAAAACAGAAGAUUUAAUGUUAAGAGAAGUUAUGCACAAUUUAGGAAACAGAUUCUUAGGGGAGUGUAUUUGGAUUAGAGGGAUGGAUGGAGGUAGGGAAGAAAGAAAGGAGGCAAGGAAAGGAGGGAUAAAACAGGGUAUAAUGAUUUAAGAAGCGUAGGGAAAGGAUAAAAGACAGGGGAAUCUACACAGGAGAGAGAGAGAGACUCUUAAAGUGAAUCCAGAGGCAGAGAGAGACUCUUAAAGUGAAUCCAGAGCUAGAGAGAGACUCUUAAAGUGAAUCCAGAGCUAGAGAGAGACUCUUAAAGUGAAUCCAGAGGCAGAGAGAGAAGAGCAGAGGUGAGUUCAUUCACACUUGUAUAUAUCAGGGUGCUCCAGAUCCAGUCCUGGCAAGUGCUAGAGUUUUCCAGGCUUUUCUUCCAGCCAUGCUCUAACACACACGUCUCUCAAACAAUCAAGCUAUCAACCUAUCAACUAUCACGAUUUGUUAAAUGAGGCGGGGUUUUUUUACCCGGAAAAGGGACUGUAAUUCUCCAAGAUGGGGUUUCAAACAGAGAUCCCUGCUAUAAAGGACUUCAGGGAGAAUGCGAAAGAGAGACUCAAAAGCUGGAAAGGAUUUUAGGAUUGUGUGUUAAUAGCUCAGGUGUGGAAGGGGAUCUUUCAUUGAACGUAUUUUCAUACCUUCAUUUUUUUUUUACUCAACCUGCACAUAAGAGACGAUCAGUUGUUACCAAUCAUCCCCCUUCCCCUUUAAACCCUCAAACCUGUGCUAUGAUGUCAUCGGACUAUGUGUCCGUGUGUGUGUCCGUCGCUUGGCCUGACAUCUGCCUCUUUGCUUGACUGGAUGUAUUUUGGACAUAAAGGAGAACCAUUUUUCUAAAGCUAUCAGAAUCGUCUAAGCUGGAGGAAGAAUGAUAGAGAGAAAGAGAAGAAGAGAUAAAGAAAGAGAAGAAGAGAGGGAGAGAUAAAGAGAGAGGGGAGGAGAGGGAGAAAUUCAGGAGGAGAGGAGACCUAUAUACUUGCUGCUUGAGAGUUGCUUUGUUUUUGUAUUUCAGUUGGAGCAGAGUGUUGUUGAACUCUGUGGGACGUGAAGCUGACAUUUUGACUAGCUGCUCCUCUUUAUCAACACAAAAAUGCAAAAUUGAUUUAAAGAAAAAUCUAAACUUUAUUAGCUAAUGAGAUUUAACAACGUGAGACGAUUGCACAAUCAGAAUCAUUUUUGGAACUUAUUACUAACCCCAACACCAGGAAAUGUCCAUCAUGGAUAAGGAGAGAAAAUACUUCCAAAACAAAACUACUUCCUUUUAUAACUCGUCAAAAGAACACUUAGAACUUAAUGAACAUUCUGGAACUCACAAACAUUCCGGAACUCACAAAUAUUCUGGAACUCACAAACAUUCUGGAACUCACAAACAUUCUGGAACUCAAUUUUUUGGGGGAAUUCACAAACAUUCCGGAACAUUCUGGAACAUUCUGAAAUAACAUUCCGGAAUCCUUGGACAGUUGGGAGUUUUAUUUGGAGGGAGCUAGGACCCAGGGACUGCUGGGAAAAGCUUCUAUAAAUGAUAUUCUACUACCGUCUUCUACAGAUAUAUAAUGUCUAUAGUGUUAAAGUCAUAUAUAUUCUGGGACCAACUACACCACUGAUUGUCUACACAUACUAUACGUACAGUGAGCUGCUUCUGUGUUUCUAAAUGACAGUUAUAGAAGUGCUAUCAUAUAUAGAUUGCAAGUGACAUUCAUCGACAUUUCUCGUUUUUUUAUUGUAUUUUAAAAUUGUAUUUAGCAAAUAUUUUGUAUUUUGUGAAAAGCAAAGAGGGAUGGGCAGUUCUGUUCAUUCUGAUUCUUGUGUUUAGUAAGUAAGCCAUGGGUUAACACCUGUUCUCUCUAAUACCCUAAUAUUAUUAUUAUUGACUAUUAAUAUUUCUUAUUGUAAUAAAAUAUUAUUAUUUUAAGUUGCCAUUUUUAUUAUAUUUCCAGAGUUUUAGUAUAAAUGUCAAAAGUCUGUUUGUUGGUAAAUAUCUUUAUAUUUAGAAUGAUAUGAAUUAUUUCAUUGUUAUAUUGUAAAACAGCGUUGAAUAUGUUAAUAUUGUUUAUUGUAAUAAUUAUUCUUAUUUUGGGUUAUUAUUAUAAUUAUCAUUAUAAUUAUUAUACUAUUAAUAAUUAUUAUUAUCACAACAUUCAUUUAUUAUUAAUAUUAAGAAGACAAUUACUUGCGAGGUAUGUUCAAUAUUGAAGUGUCACAUGGCUUCAUUGGUCAUUUUCUCCUGUGAGUCCCAUUUGACACCCUAUUCCCUAUACAGUGCACUACUUUUGACCAGAGUCCUAUGGUAAGUAGUGAACUAACUAGGGACUAGGGUGUCAUUUGAGAUGCAGUUAUCGCUGUCUGUCUGUCUGUCUGUCCUUCUGUACAUAAUGUGUAUUUCAUUUUACAGAUCCCAACAAUUCACUUAGUUCAAAUAUGAAUGUUUUUCCAACUGUGAUUCUUAAAUGUACUCCUGUAAUAAAAUAUAAUGUGAAAAUUAA